GUUGCUAUGGAAACACAGCUGCCCUAACUAUGUCGCUGCCACAGGUCCCUCCGUCGCGGGUAUUCGUGGAACUGGUUCCGUGGGCUGACCGAGGCCGGGAAAACAAUCCGGUCUCUGGCGGAGAAACGCUGGCCGGCCUCCGCCGCGCCCUGCCCUCAACACAGGCCCAAAGCGUGCCCCGCGAGGUGCACGUCAGCGGCACUGCAGAGGUGUCUGCGAACCCCAACCGGGCGCAGGUGACCGUGCGAGUGAGCAGCACCAAGGAGGCGGCGACCGAGGCCAAGAAGAGCGUGUGCCGGCGCCUGGACUACAUCACGCAGAGCCUGCAGCAGCAGGGUCUGCAGGCAGAAAAUGUAACUGUCACAAAGGAUUUUAGAAGAGUGGAAAAUGCUUAUCACAUGGAAGCAGAGGUCUGCAUUACAUUUACUGAAUUUGGAAAAAUGCAAAAUAUUUGUAACUUUCUUGUUGAAAAGCUAGAUAGCUCUGUUGUCAUCAGCCCACCACACUUCUAUCAUACUCCAGGUUCUGUUGAGAACCUUCGACGGCAAGCCUGUCUUGUUGCUGUUGAGAAUGCAUGGCGCAAAGCUCAAGAAGUCUGUAACUUUGUUGGCCAAACCCUGGGAAAACCUUUACUAAUCAAAGAAGAUGAAACAAAAGAAUGGGAAGGACAAAUAGAUGAUCAUCAGUCAUCUGGACUCUUAAGUUCAUCAACUAUUCAACAAAAAAUCAAAAGUUCAACAAUACAUGCUGCUUCAAAAGUGUUUAUAACUUUUGAAGUAACGGGGAAAGAAAAGAAAAAAAAGCAUCUCUGAAAUUCCAGUCAAAAUACAUUGUCUCUUUUUAUCUAUUUUUGUACUUUUUAUAUUUCCUUUGUUCUGAA